AUGUUGACGACAAUGAUGCUGUCAGCGCUUCUGAUGCUGUGGGGUCUUGGAGCAUUUGACCUUCAGGUGUAUGGGAAAUCAAUACACAGUGAUAAAACUUUGCUGAUCAGCAAUGACGGCAAACACUCCGCGAGGAAACAGCCGCACCAACAGAUUAAAGGUGAAAUCCGCAGGAGUUUAGACCUGGAGAGCUACAACAUACACGUGAGCCCCACCACCAGCAAGCACAGCCUCCCGACCAUCAUCAGGAUCUACCCGCCCACCUCCAUUCCUCGCCACCUGCACGCCAACAUACCCAUGCGCUUCGGGAGGGACAGUGACCCGAGGGAUGGAAGGGCACCGUCGAGCCCCAAUAAGCCCCAGAGGUUUGGAAGGUCCUCCAAGUUGAUCCAGAUGUGUGCAGACUGUCCCGAUGUCCGAGAGGCACCGAACCCAGUGCUUCCCCAAAGAUUUGGGAGAAAUAGUCCUUACUGGAGCUUUCUUAGGUCCCUGGCCAGUCAGAGGUUACUGAACGCUGGUUUGCACUGGUAG